UCCUUUAAGUUGGAGGUGGCCCAAGUUGCCCAGAGGGUGUUCUGUGCUGGGAUCUCCUCUCUGUGCCGUGGGUGCUGCACUUGAUCUAGCGAGAUGGACCCUAUACAAGAAGGACGGGUUGUGAUUGUUGGCAGUGGACUCAUUGGAUGCAGUUGGGCCAUGGUUUUUGCUUCUGGUGGCUUCCAAGUAAAGCUCUAUGAUAUUGUGCAAGAGCAGGUAACAAGGGCCUUGGAAAAAGUUGGCAAACAAAUGAAAGAACUAGAAAAGACAGGAAUGCUGAAAGGGUCACUGAAAGCCGAUCAACAGCUUGCUCUUAUUAGUGGUGGCACAGAUUUAAAAGCAGCAGUAGAGGGCGCCGUUUAUAUUCAGGAGUGUACGCCUGAGAACCUAGAGCUGAAAAAGAAGAUAUUUGGCCAGUUAGACCUUAUUGUCAGUAACAACGUUAUUCUGAGCAGCUCAACCUCCUGUCUUAUGCCUACAAAAUUGUUCACUGGACUGAAGCAUGUUAAACAGUGUAUAGUGGCACAUCCUGUAAACCCGCCAUAUUAUGUUCCUCUGGUUGAAUUGGUUCCGCACCCAGAAACAGAUCCUUCUACAAUGGAAAAAACAUAUGCUCUGAUGAAGAAGAUUGGUCAGUCCCCAGUUAAACUGACAAAAGAGAUAGAUGGGUUUGCUCUGAAUCGGCUCCAGUAUGCAAUUAUUAGUGAAGCAUGGAGACUUGUUGGUGAUGGAAUAAUAUCUCCUCAUGAUCUAGACCUUGUGAUGUCUGAUGGCUUAGGAAUGCGAUAUGCUUUCAUAGGACCUCUGGAAACAAUGCAUCUCAAUGCAGAAGGAACUCUGAACUAUUGUGACAGAUAUCGUGAAGGCAUGAUACGUGUCUUGAGAAGCUUUGGGCCAAUACCAGAUUUUGCUGGGGAAACAGAACAGAAAAUCAAUCAGGCAAUGUCCGAUGAAACUCCAACAGACCCAGAGCACCUAAAUGCCAGGAGACGCUGGCGAGAUGAGUGCCUCGUGCGUUUGGCCAAACUGAAAAAGGAAAUUAAAUCUGAUGUCAUGAAUCACCUUUAAAUCACAGAGCAGUCAUCAUCAGGUUGUUGUGUGAAUGGGCGCAACCCUCAAAUUGGCAAAAGUUAAAUCAUGGAAGACAUGAUGGCAAGUGCAAGAGGCCAGUUGAUCUUUACAACUACAGUCAGCUAAUUAAGGCUGGAAUAUGUUUAUCUGAAUAGCAACAGAAGCUGAUUCCUAAAUGAUGUUUUAAAGCCGCAAUCUGAAAACCCUUGGGGCAGAUGUAUGGAUUUAAGCGGGAAUGCAUGGGGAUAGAUUUGAUUGUAGAUUGCACCUUCACUGCUUUAGACUACUGGAAUGCAAGACUUAAUUCAUUUUAAGCAACAUCCUGUGUUUCAAUACACAGUAACUUCACAGACUGCACUGCCCCGUGUAACCCUAAUUAUAAGUAAUUUCAGUAUGUCGACCCUUGGAUGGCUUUUUUUCAGCAUCACCUUAAAAGUUAACACCAAUUUAAUAGAGAGUACUUAUUUAUUUAAAAUGUAUGUCCGUAGUGGCCAUUCACCCACACAAGAACAAAUGAUAUGUAAUACCUUGUUUACUGAAUUCAACUUUACAGUUUGCAGCUUUGAAGGCCGCAGAACGCUCGCCUGACUCUGGUUCUGAAAAAAAUCCACUUCAUCAACUCCUUCCUUCUAGCUAAGUAUAUUCAGUUUCAAAAUCCAAGGGAAGCAUGUUUCUUGCACUGGUCUGUGUGGAAGCUAUCCUUCAGAUACCAAUGUGUUGGGUGUUGAACCUUCUGUAAAGAAUUCUGUAGGAACUUCAGAAGCUACCUUAUGCCCAGGAAGACUAUAGGUCCACUAGCUCAGUAUGUCCACCUGGCCUAGCAGAGGCUCUCCAGGGAUUCAAAACAGGAGUCUUUCCGAGACCUGCCUGUGGAUUUGAACCCAGGGGCUUUGACAAGUAAAACAUAUGUUGUACCACUGGGCUGCAGUUCCUUCCCUAUCAACAUUCAGCAGACAAAUACAUCAGCUAUAGACCACAGCUACAUAUUAAGAACUCAAAAAAUAAAGAUAACCGAAAACAAAGCACAAAUGUCAAGCGACAUGGAGUUAUACAUCGUGAACAAGUAUUUGGUAGAUAAAAAGGUCUAGAUUACAAAACAAAAAGCAUUUUGCAGUCCCAUUGGUCAUAAACUUUCCAGCUAUUACAAGCUUUUUUCAAUUGUCAGAAAUGCCAGAUUCUGUUAACACUGUUAAACUUAAAUAUGGUUACAGCUAAUGUUGAAAGUUACCAGAGCUUUAGUAAUUUUAGGCUCCUGGCUAAAAACCUAAACAUGCAAAUUUGGGAGUAAUCCCAUUGAAAUCAGAAGCACUUGCACUCAAAGUAACUUGGAUACAAUUGGAGAGAAAGUAAGUUAUCUAGAGUAGAGAUAAAUUAACUGUGAAGGGUUCUUCGCAUGAUAUUAACAUUAUAGUAUGUAUGGUUAGAAAUCAAAAAGUAAGAGAAUGUUUUCAAAGUACUCUGUUGCUUCUGUCCCUUGUAGUAUGCACACCAGAAAAUAAAUACAGUUUAGAAAUAUGCAAGAGGGAACCCGCAAGGAAUUGUGGGGAGAAAGGGGGGAAAACUAGUCUGAUUCCUUUGCUUCACAUACCCUUUCCUAGCAAUAAAUCAGUCAGUCUUUGACAGGGUGGCGAUGGACUGGGUAAGGAGAUAGCUUCCUCUGAGCCUAGUCCCUCCAGAAUCCCCUAAAGAGGGAGCUGAGCUCUUCUUUCAUUCCCAAACAACCAUUGGGGAAAGGAAGUGGCCCUGGGGCAGCAUGUCAAAGAGGCACACGUUGACCUGGUUAGCUUAUAACGACAACUCAAGGUAUGGGUUGUCAUUGAAUCAAGAGUUGUUGUUGAACUUUGGGUUGUUACAUGCGAACCUGGCAUUAUGGUUUUAGCGUGGAUUGUUAACCAUGAACAACCCAGAGUUCACAGCCCAACAACAAACCAUGGAUUCUCUUCCUGGGUUGUUUGUUGUUAAGAACCCAUAGUUAAACCAUAGUGCAGAAUUUGCACAUAAUGACAACCUACAAGUCAGCAACAAGCUACAGUUCAAUGACAAUAAUCAACCCAUACUCCAGGUUGUCACGUGCAAACUGUGCUUGUUUCUCUGACCCAAAUUUCUCCCACUUUUGUGAUAUUUUGGAGACAAAACAUACAUAUAUAAAUAUUGGCACCAUUUCUGUUGCAUUUUUAAAACUAGGUUUUCCAUUUCUGGUCCUGUAAUUAAAAGAUUUUCUGUGAAGAAACAGAUGACUUCUUUGUUCUAACCACUGCAGAGAUCAUCAUGUCUGGAAAUCUUAGUCCAUGGGGCAAGUCCCAAAGGUAAUCUUUAUAGACCACACACUGAAGAAAAACCCAUUAAUUUCUGCUAUUAAAAGCAGAAGUUGCUAUUCCAUUGCCUAUAGAGGUGGGGAAUUUAGUUGAAGCCCACUAGGGACACUUACUAGAUUACAUUUAUGCAACAUGGGGAAUUCUUCCGAGUUUUUCUUCAUGUCUUAAGCUCUGUAUAUGAUGUUUUAAGAGGAUUAUAGACCCUAAAGAAAGUUCAGCUGGGGAGGUCCUACUCCGUGUUUCCCCUCCAUCUGAAGUGUGGUUAGUGGGUAUGUGAGACUGUGGUGCUCAGAACAUAGAAUUUCCCUCCGAUAGGGGGCCAGCCUAGCCCCCUUCAACUUAGAUUACUACCUCUGUCCUGUAUAAUUUGGCUGCCACUGGUGGUGUGUUUUGUUCUGUACUUUUAAUGAUAAUGUUGUUUUUUAAUGGUUUUAUUAAUAAUUGCUUAGUGCUUCAGUCCCUAAAAGCAGUAUGUACAUUUUUAAAAUAAGUCAGUAUCAGAGUACUCACUGUGUUGCAUAAACAUGGGCCUGAAAUGCAACUAUUUUGUUUCUAGGCACUAACUACACUAACUGAUUGGUUCCAUUAUUGUGCUAAAAGCUCCAUGACUUUUAAAAACUCAUUAGCAAAUUUAAUUGAAAGAGAAUUUCUGUUUCUUACUUAAACUGUAUCAUUGUGGACUUAAGAUAGUCCUUUUAAGAUAAUUACAAUGACAUUAUUUUCAUUUUGUUAAUUAUGAAUGUGAUAUUUUAAAGACUCAUUUUGUUCUAACUUUUAUGCCUGUUUUUGUUCUGAAAUCUUAGAAGCUUUCUUAGACAGGUAAAUAUAUUUGUGCUUUGCUUGUCAAUAAACAUCUGUAAAUGAAACAUC